UAUUCUAGUAGUGUAAUAUUGUUUAGUGAUUGUAAAGUGUAGUGAUUGUUUAGAGCAUUUUAUACAGAAUUGUAAAAAUGUCAGACACCGAACAAAAAGAGGCAAUAGCCGCGCGAGGUCGCGCCAAAGGCUCAAUCACACGUUUAAAAAACAGCUUUGACCGAGAAGCGCUCAUAAAUUCGCCGAUAGAGUUAGUGCAAGCAAAGAAAACUAGGCUUCUAGAAGCCUUUCGCGAAUAUGAGCGCCUCACUAGCAAGGUUGCCUCGCUUUUUUCCUCCCCACCAGCUACUCUCGCCACCGAUGACGAGGAGGUGGAAGAUAACUACAUUUUGUUGAUAGCACAGUUAGAUAGCAUCAUAAAUGUUAUCCGCCUACGGGACAAUCCUCCUCAAGUGAGCGCUACCAGCAGCAGCGAAAAUGGCGUAAGUGUCAAGUCGGAGAACCUCAAACUGCCUCGAGUCGUCAUAAAAACAUUCACAGUUGUCAAACAGCAUCUUGCUGCUCUGCAAAACCUGGGUGAGCCGGUAGAUAAGUGGGAUGCCAUAAUAAUUUGCAUCCUAUCUAAGAAGAUUGACCUGCCUACCUACAGAGCAUUUCAACUGGAGCGAAAUAACAAUGUGUCGCCCACGGUAAAAGAAUUCCUAGGUUACGUGGAAAAACGUGCCCUAGCAUUUGAAAACACUGACGUGCAGAAGGGGCCUUCGCAGAGCUUUGUCAACCAUCCUGUGGCUGCACAAGCAAAGCCGUCCGCGCAUCAGCCUCAGCUGCAAUGUUUAUACUAUUCUUCUGACGCAGAUGAAGAAUAAUGGAGACCAAGCAACCAAACAGCCUAUCGUGACUGCGGGCAGUGCAAGUACUCCGGCACU